AUGGAUGAAGACGAUCUGGUUUUGUACCCUUCUUUAUAUGAAUUUGACAACUAUACCUUUGAUUACUAUUAUGAAUUUCCAGAGACCCAAACUGACAAUGUAGGUCUUCAUGCCUUCCAUAUAGCAUCUAUUGUAAUUUACUCUAUAGCAUUUUUAUUAGGCGUGCCUGGUAAUGCUAUUGUAAUUUGGUUUACCGGCUUCAAAUGGGAUAAGACCGUCAGCACCCUCUGGUUUCUCAACCUGGCAAUUGCGGAUUUAAUCUUUGUCCUCUUCCUGCCCUUACAUAUCACAUAUGUCGCCACAAACUUCCACUGGCCUUUCGGGAAAGCCCUGUGCAAGGUAAACUCUUUCAUUGCGGUACUCAACAUGUUUGCUAGUGUAUUCUUCCUUACGGUGAUUGGUCUAGACAGAUUUACAUCCUUUGCUUGUCCUGGCUUCUCGCAAAGACAUCGAACACUGAGAAAAUCCAUGAUCGUAAGUGGAAUUAUCUGGACAUUGGCUGCCAUUAUUGCUGGUCCUGCAUUAUAUUUCAGAGAUACAAUUGACUCAAGCCAUAAAUACACCAUCUGCUUCAACAACUUUCAUGAACACGACCAUACAGUCAUUCUAAGAACCCAUAAAGUUUUUACCUUAAUAAGGUUCUUCAUUGGAUACCUCUUUCCGCUUCUAACCAUGAUAAUUUGCUACUGUUUACUGGCUAUCAAAAUGAAAAAGAACAACACACGACCUCCCAAUACAUUCUUCUGGACAGUUCUAGCUAUUAUUGUAGCAUUUUUUGCAUGCUGGACUCCAUUUCACAUAUUCUGUUUGCUGGAACUUAAAGUCCAUCACAGUGGUGUCUAUCAAGAGUGGCUUAAAUUUGGCAUGCCCAUUUCUACUAGCUUGGCCUUCAUCAACAGCUGCAUUAACCCAAUUCUUUAUGUUCUGAUAAGCAAAGUAUUCAGAAAACAGUUAGGAACAUCAAUGGCAGAGAUAUUUAAACACACCCUCAAAGAUAUGAGCCAGACUGCUAUCAAGAGUGAUCAGUUGAUAGAUUCUGAGAACAAUCCAACGACCUGUGAGAUAAUGAAUCUUGAACAGAUUAAAGCGUAA